AUGGGCAAUGCUAUUGAAAAACAGAAGCCCCUGAGACGAAGCCACCUGUGUCCCUGGAAGCAAGACUCUCAGCGUUCUCAUCUCUCUUCCUUCACCAUGAAGCUGAAGGACAAAUUCCACUCGCCCAAAAUCAAGAGAACGCCAUCAAAGAAGGGAAAACCAGCCGAGGUGUCUGUGAAGAUUCCAGAGAAGCCCAUGAACAAAAACCUGAGCUGGCUGGAGGAGAAAGAGAAGGAAGUUGUCAGUGCCUUGCGCUACUUUAAGACCAUUGUGGACAAAAUGGCCAUUGAUAAGAAGGUCCUGGAGAUGCUCCCAGGGUCUGCCAGCAAGGUGCUGGAGGCCAUCUUACCCCUGGUGCAGAGCGACCCUCGGAUUCAGCACAGCUCAGCCCUCUCCUCCUGCUACAGCCGAGUGUACCAAAGUCUCGCCAACCUCAUCCGUUGGUCUGACCAAGUGAUGCUGGAAGGCGUGAACUCAGAAGAUAAAGAGAUGGUGACAACUGUGAAGGGGGUCAUCAAGGCCGUGCUGGACGGAGUAAAGGAGCUGGUCAGACUCACCAUCGAGAAGCAGGGGCAUCCGUCUCCAACAAGCCCCGUGAAACCCAGCUCCCCAGCCUGCAAACCUGACAGCCAGUCUGAGCUCCCCCUGACAGAUCGAGAGAUGGAGAUUCUAAACAAGACAACCGGCCUGUCACAGUCGACCGAGGGGCUCCCAGACUCUAUGGACGAAGAGGUUGCACCCCCCAAGCCCCCCUUACCUGGCAUUAGGGUGGUUGAUAACAGUCCUCCACCAGCACUGCCCCCGAAGAAGAGACAGUCGGCUCCAUCCCCCACCCGCGUGGCCGUCGUGGCCCCCAUGAGUCGAGCCACCAGCGGCUCCAGUUUGCCUGUUGGAAUUAAUAGGCAGGACUUUGACGUGGACUGUUAUGCACAGAGACGGCUGUCGGGAGGCAGCCACUCGUACAGCGGUGAGUCUCCCCGCCUGUCGCCCUGCAGCAGUAUCGGCAAGCUCAGCAAGUCGGAUGAGCAGCUGUCCUCUCUGGACAGGGACAGCGGGCAGUGCUCCCGGAACACAAGCUGUGAAACACUAGAUCAUUACGAUCCUGACUACGAGUUCCUUCAGCAAGACCUCUCCAAUGCAGACCAGAUACCUCAGCAAGUGGCCUGUAACCUCAGCCCGCUGCCGGAGUCCUUGGGGGAGUCUGGGUCUCCAUUUCUCGGCCAUCCUCUCCAGCUGCCUCUGGGCAGCUGUUCCCAGCCAGAUGGGUCCUCGGCGCCCGGGCAGCAGACGGACGUGCCGCCAGCCCUGCCUGAGAAGAAGCGCAGGAGUGCGGCCUCCCAGACCUUGGACAGCUCUGGCUGCCGGGCGUCCUACGAGCGACACCCCUCGCAGUACGACAACAUCUCCGAGGACGACCUGCAGAACCCAGCCUCCGUCCAGUCCGUCCCCUUCACGCCCUUUGCUGCUAUUCUUCCCUUUCAGCAAGGAGGUUCCUCAGCCCCUGUCGACUUCGUGGGUGAUUUCACUGUUUCUGAAUCAACGGGUGACCCAGAAAAACCGCCGCCUCUCCCCGAGAAGAAAAACAAACACAUGCUGGCCUACAUGCAGCUGCUUGAGGACUACUCAGAGCCGCAGCCCUCCAUGUUCUACCAGACGCCGCAGAAGGAGCACGUGUACCAGCAGAAGAACAAGCUGCUCAUGGAGGUGUACGGCUUCAACGACUCCUUCAGCGCUGGCGACGCCCCGCACGAGCUUGCCCCGCCCCCCGCCCUGCCCCCCAAGCAGCGGCAGCUGCAGGCCUCCUAUGCUGCUUCUUCCUUCUCCUCUGUCUCCUACUGUGUCCAGCAAACUAAAGUGGCCUUCACCCCCGAGGACGGCAGUGCCGGUCAGGGCAUCAGUGUGUCCGUCUCUAACUCCUUUCUCAGCCGGCACGGCAGCUUACCUGUGCCCUCGUACAAGUCCGUGUUUAGGUCCUACUCGCAGGAUUUCGUGCCUCACAGCCAAGCUUCCGUCCAGCCUUUCCUUCCGUCUACCUCCUCUUCCUCUCCACACUUCCCACCUGUCCACCAGUCUCAGAGCUCUGACUUAGCCGUGCCGCCCGUGGCCAGUCUGCCUCCCAGCACCCUGGACGGGCUUCUCUCGUCUUCUCAGGAGAGCAGCUUUCACGGGAACACUGUCUGCCUUCCUUCCGAAACUUCUUUCACUGACUCGCCCCAGACGCCUUCGAGCAAGCACGCCUGUGAGGGGGACUACGUCAGUCUGUAUUGCUCUGGCCAGAGCGGCGAGGAGCUGGCCCGCCCUCGAGGAGAGUCACCUGCGGCGAAGGACGGACACUCCAGAGACACCACGUCGGCCGGCUGUGUGCCCGGGAAGGAGGGCAGGGACAGCGGGGACAGGGCCCUGAAGUCGCCAGACGCUCCAGAGGCUCAGUCCGAAGAGGAGGUGGACGAGCUGUCCCUCAUCGACCACAAUGAAAUCAUGGCGAGGCUGACCCUCAAGCAAGAGGGCGACGAUGGGCCAGACGUCCGUGGAGGGUCGGGCGACAUCCUCCUCGUCCACGCCACAGAGACGGACAGGAAAGAUCUGGUGUUGUACUGCGAGGCCUUCCUGACCACCUACAGGACCUUCAUCACGCCCGAGGAGCUCAUCAAGAAGCUGCACUGUUUCUUUAACUUGGGUUCCACGUAUGAGAAGUUCUCUCCUUUCGCCGACACGUUCAAGAAGCGUGUGAGCAAGAACACGUUUUUCGUGCUGGUGCGGGUGGUAGACGAGCUCUGCCUGGUGGAGCUGACAGAAGAGAUCCUGAAGCUGCUGAUGGAGCUGGUCUUCCGCCUGGUGCGCAGCGGGGAGCUCAGCCUGGCACGCGUGCUCCGCAAGAACAUUCUGGACAAGGUCGAUCAGAAGAAGCUGCUCCGGUGUGCCAACUCCGACCAGCCCCUGGCGGCCCGGGGCGUGGCAGCCAGGCCCGGGACAUUGCAUGACUUCCACAGCCAUGAAAUAGCCGAGCAGCUGACUCUGCUAGAUGCCGAGCUCUUUUAUAAAAUAGAGAUUCCUGAGGUUUUGCUUUGGGCCAAAGAGCAGAACGAGGAGAAGAGCCCGAACCUGACCCAGUUCACGGAGCACUUCAACAACAUGUCCUACUGGGUCCGGUCGAUAAUCAUGUUGCAGGAAAAGGCCCAAGACAGGGAACGGCUGCUCUUGAAGUUCAUCAAGAUCAUGAAGCACUUACGGAAGCUGAACAACUUCAACUCCUACCUGGCCAUCCUCUCGGCGCUGGACUCGGCCCCCAUCCGCAGGCUGGAGUGGCAGAAGCAGACCUCAGAGGGCCUGGCUGAGUACUGCACGCUUAUCGACAGCUCGUCCUCCUUCCGUGCCUACCGGGCCGCCCUCUCGGAGGUGGAGCCACCCUGCAUCCCUUACCUGGGGCUCAUCCUGCAGGACCUCACCUUCGUCCACCUGGGGAACCCAGACUACAUCGACGGGAAGGUGAACUUCUCCAAACGCUGGCAGCAGUUCAACAUCCUGGACAGCAUGCGGUGCUUCCAGCAAGUGCACUACGACAUCCGGAGAAAUGACGACAUCAUCAACUUCUUCAACGACUUCAGUGACCACCUGGCUGAGGAGGCCCUAUGGGAACUCUCUCUGAAAAUCAAACCCAGGAACAUAACCAGGAGGAAGACAGACAGAGAAGAGAAGACCUAG